AUAUAUCAAGUGUGUGUGUUAGAGAGAGAGAGAGAGAGAGAGAGAGAGAGAGAGCAGUAAGAGAGAUGGCUGUUGAGAGUAGAGAGCGAGGAGGAGGGCAGGGGCUUCCUCUCUUCGAGACCAAGAAAUUAGGCGGAGCAAGAAUUGGUCACAAGGUGUUCGCUGCCACAAUCUUGGGGUGCUUAGGGUGGAUAUGGGUGUACCGGUCCCUGCACUUGCCCAGGCCGGGAGAGAAGGGGAGAUGGGCUUGGGUGGGGAUGUUCGUUGCCGAGGUGCUGUUCGGGUUGUACUGGGUGUCAACCCAAUCUGUCCGUUGGAAUGCCGUGUGCCAGUAUCCAUUUAAGGAGAGGCUCUCACAGAGAUACGAAAAUGAUCUACCUGCCGUCGACGUCUUUGUGUGCACGGCCGACCCGGAAGCCGAGCCACCGGCGAUGGUGGUUAGCACCGUCCUCUCGGCCAUGUCCUUCAAUUAUCCACCGGAGAAGCUGAGCGUCUAUCUCUCGGACGAUGGAGGGUCGGCACUGACAUUCUAUGCGCUGCUGGAGGCCUCGAAAUUCUCCAAGCGUUGGAUCCCUUUCUGCAAGAAAUUCAAGGUCGAACCGAGGUCUCCCGGGGCCUAUUUCGCCCGCCAUUCCGACGUGGGACGAGAAGCCGCCGCGGCCGGAGAAGAAUGGUUCGCUACGAGGAAACUGUAUGAAGAUAUGAAGCAUCGGAUUGAAGAAGCCAUGGAAAGGGGCAGCGUUCCAAUGGAAGUGAAGGAGCAACAUGAAGGUUUCUCGGAAUGGAAUAAUCCAACCGUGACAAAGCGGGAUCACCAGUCAAUUGUGAAGAUCGUAAUUGAUGGGAGACAAGGGGAUGCUGUGGAUGAUGUUGGAUGCAGACUACCAACGUUAGUGUACUUGGCACGAGAGAAGAGACCUCAAUGCCCUCACAAUUUCAAGGCUGGCUCUAUGAAUGCCCUGAUUAGAGUGUCAUCCGUGAUAAGCAAUGCGCCCGUGAUCCUCAACCUAGACUGCGACAUGUACUCCAACAACUCGGAUUCGAUACGAGAUGCGCUGUGCUUCUUCAUGGACGAAGAGAGAGGCCACCAAAUGGGUUUCGUGCAAUAUCCUCAAAACUUCGACAACAUUACGAAAAACGACAUCUACUUCAACUUUUUUAGGGUUUUCAAUGAGAUUGAGCUAAGAGAAAUGGGUGGAUAUGAAGCUGCUCCGUACUGCGGGACCGGAUGCUUCCACAGAAGAGAGAGCCUCUGCGGGAGACAGUACUCCCGAGACCGUGAACCAGAAUGGAGCUGUGAAGCUAGGACUAGGAGGGAUGAAACUGUCGAGAGACUCGAGGAAGACGCGAAACUUGUUGCUGACUGCUCUUACGAGAAGGGUAGUCAAUGGGGGAAGGAGAUGGGAGUGUCGUACGGAAUUGCGGCAGAAGACGUAGUGACGGGCCUGAGGAUCCUGUGCCGGGGAUGGAGGUCCGUGUACUACAACCCGAAGCGAGAGGCCUUCUUGGGCGUGGCUCCCAACACGCUCGACCUCUCACUCGUCCAGUACAAGAGAUGGUCGGAGGGCAUGUUCCAGAUCUUCAUCUCCAGGUACUGCCCCCUCGCCAUCGGACAUGGCCACAUCCCCUUCGGAGCUCGGUUGGGUUACUGCAUCUACCUCUUGUGGGCGCCUCUCUCCCUCCCCACGCUCUUCUAUGUCGCUGUCCCUCCCGUCUGCUUGCUUCGCGGCGUCUCCCUGUUCCCUCUCGUCGGGAGCCCGUGGUUCGUGCCGUUCGCGUGCGUGUUUCUAGCCAGAAACGCUUAUAGCCUGGCCGAGGCCGUGAGUUGCGGAGCCACGCCCAGAGCAUGGUGGAACUCCCAGCGGAUGCUCCUGAUCCGAAGGACGACGGCGUUCUUCUUUGCCUUCGCGGAUGCGGUCCUCAACAGCCUCGGCGUCUCUCAGAUUGCCUUCGACCUCACGGCAAAGGUGGCAACGGAGGACACGGUGGCGAGGUACGAGAAGGAAAUCAUGGACUUCAGUGGGAGCUCCAUGAUGUUCGUCUCCAUAGCAACGUUGGCAUUGCUGAAUCUCUUCUGUUUGGUUGGUGGAUUGAUGAAGCUUGGUAUGGACUUCAAGUUUACGGGGCAAAUGGUUCUCGGUGGGCUUGUGGUCUUGCUCAAUUCACCCGUUUACCAUGCGCUGUUCAUUAGGAGGGACAAAGGUUGCUUUUUAGCCUCAGUCGUCUUCAAGUCUUUUGUAUUGGCUUCUGUGGCUUGUUCAAUUGGAAUUUUGAUGGGCUGAUUUGAAAAUGAGUUCGAGAUUGAUAUUUUGAGAGUUACAGUUGUAAUUUGAUUUCUUUUGUUGGGAAUUUACUUAUAUGGACGUCUUACUAUUGCA